AUGGGAGUGCUACAGCCACGAACUCGUCGCGACUCCCGAGCAUCGGCCCUAUCACAUCGUAAUUGGGGCUUCGAUCGCGAUGCAGACUUCUCCGUUCAGUCGUCCUCACUGGUGGAGCACGCCAACGCAAACCUUGGCAGCUCCCCCGGUGCCGGCAUGGAGGCUUCAAGCUAUAACAGCUCCAGUCUACGCACUCCGAGCCGCUCCUUCGUUCACCGUUCCUUCAAUACUCCUACUGACCCGGCUCACUAUGCCACCGAUAGUCUCCGGGAACAGACUGCGGAGCUUGCUACCUACGGUCUAUCGUUGAAUAAAAAGCCCUCGCGGGGACGAACGAGCUUGCCUCCAGGUCUAGAUAUCUUCCGGGAGCAAAAUCGUCUCCAUCCACCCGGUCCCAGCGGCUCACAGGAUGCCAUCGCCAGUUCCUAUCCCACACUAGAAGAAACUUCUGUUGAGUCGGAUGCUGGUCCGGCAGAUCCCUCUCCUUCGUCUUCGGCUCUCACCGAUAUGAUGCGUGAUCCAUACCCGGAUCUAAUGGAGGAACAUGCCAAACCGAUUGAAGAGACACCAUUUCCGCCACUACCGACCAUUCUAGACGAACCCGAACCGCGAGACUCUGAAAGAACCUCGUUAUUAUCCAAAACUCGAUCCAGGUCACCUCAUGGCUAUGGGGCGGUCGAAGACAUUGAGAACCAGGGCUUUACAGCCCCACGACCAGCCAAGUUCUUCGCUAAAGGGACGGCCAAUGUUGCCAAGUGGACCAGGAUACUAUCCAAUCCAAAGUCCUGGGAUAGACGUGCAAUUUGGCAGGAAGGAGUAGUUCACCCGCUUAGUCUAAUCCCUGCGGUCUUGCUAGGCCUUCUCCUCAACAUUCUUGAUGCCUUAUCCUACGGAAUGAUCCUAUUCCCGCUGGGAGAGCCGCUCUUUGCUCAUCUUGGCGCUGAUGGAAUCUCAAUGUUUUAUGUCAGUACCAUCAUCUCACAGGUCGUAUUCUCAUGUGGAGGCUCGAUCUUCAAGGGAGGUAUCGGAAGCGAGAUGAUUGAGGUUGUGCCAUUCUUUCAUCAGAUGGCGUUUACCAUCCUUGCCCGGAUUGGCAAUGACAACCCUCAGUCAGUAUUGGCGACAACAAUUCUAGCUUUCUCGGUCAGCUCCGUCUUGACUGGGUUGGUAUUUUUCCUAAUGGGCGUUUGCGGGCUCGGCUCGCUCAUUGGAUUCUUCCCUCGUCAUAUCCUUAUCGGUUGCAUUGGUGGUGUCGGUUAUUUCCUCCUUGCAACCGGAGUCGAGGUUUCCGCCCGCUUGUCCGGCUCGCUCGAGUACAACCUCACUACCUUACAGAAGCUCUUUCACCUCGACACUUUCCCACUUUGGAUAAUACCCCUGUCUCUUGCGAUCUCCCUCCUCAUUUUGAAGCGUUUCAUUCGGUCAACAUUCCUCGUUGGCACUUAUUUCAUGGUGGUUGCGGCUUUGUUUUAUGUCGUUAUUUUAUGCGCGAGUAUCCCAAUGGACACUCUGCAUCAGAAAGGAUGGGUCUUUGAUGCACCAUCAUCGAACAAUCCGUGGUACCACUUCUAUACCCUUUAUGACUUCUCCGCCGUCAACUGGACCGCCUUCGCCGACACGAUCCCGGCAAUGGAAGACAAUCUCAAUGUGGACCGAGAGCUUAUGGCACACGGUGUGACCAAUGCCCUCUCGGGAUUUGCUGGGAGCAUUCAAAACUAUCUUGUGUACACAAACAGCUUGAUGUUCAUUGCUAGUGGUGGAUCCUCCCGUUUGGCUGGACUCAUGUUGGCUGCAGCCACGGCAGGAAUCAUGGUCGUGGGCCCGGUGAUCAUCGGAUACAUUCCUGUUAUGGUUGUCGGUGCUCUGAUUUUCCUCUUGGGUAUUGAGUUACUCGAGGAGGCAUUGGUAGACACAUGGGGAAAAUUGUCGCGCCUUGAAUACUUGACGGUGGUGAUUAUUGUCCUCACUAUGGGGGCUGUGGAUUUCGUAAUGGGAAUCUUGGUUGGAAUUAUUCUGGCAUGCGUCAACUUUGUGGUACAGACCUCUCGCAAGUCUGCCAUUCGAGCCACUUUCUCUGGAGAAAUUGCCGGCUCGACCGUCCGUCGCCCUCCGAUUCAACAACAAUUCUUGCAUGAAGCUGGACAACAAACGCUCAUUAUGAAAUUGGGCGGUUAUCUCUUCUUCGGCACGAUUGUGAAUGUAGAGAACACCAUGCGGGGACUAAUUGAAGAGGAAGCAUUCGAGAAACAACCGAUUCGGAACUUGAUUCUAGACUUCUCCCGCGUCUACGGGCUGGACUUCUCGGCCGCCGAGGCCUUCACACGCAUCAAUCGCGUUCUACGCAAACGCAAUGUCCAGACGGCCAUCUCCGGUCUCGAUAUCGAGGGCGAGGUCGGCAAGAGUCUACGGAAUGUGGGUUUGUUUGAGUCUGACUCAGGCGUACCGAUCUUCGAAGAUCUCAACUCAGCCCUCAAAUUCUGCGAGAACGAUUACUUGAAGGUCUUCUACAGCCGCCAAGAAGCCAUCCUCAGUACACGCACUGGCACCCCAGAUACCAACAACGAUAACCACCUCCAAGUCCCCAUUCCCGUAUCCGUCCCAUCACUCUCCGGAGCCAGCCCCAGCCUCGCAGACAACAUCGUCAGUUCCCCUCGAGGCCAAUACCUACAACGAGUCGCAACAACCACGAUCCGCGAACACGAACAAGAAACAACCCUCAUGGCGGCCCCAGCCUGGUCCGCCAUGCGCCAACCCCUCCCCCUCCUCCUCCAAACCUUCCAAGGCCUCUCAACCCAAAACGAAGAUUUCUGGUUCCCCGCCUGCGCCUACUUCUCGCGCGAGUCCUUCCCCACCGGCGCAACCUUGUACCAUGAAGGCGACAUCCCGCGCGCCUUCUACCUCCUUGAAUCCGGCAUGUUGCGCUGCGAGUACGAGCUUCCGCAGGGCCGGUACUUCGAACUUGUCGUCGCGGGCCGGCCCUGCGGCGAAUUACCGUUCUUCAGCGAUACGCGCCGUACGGCGACGGUCAAGGCGGAACAUGAGUGUGUUGCUUGGUCUUUGAGUGAUGAGCGAUGGAAGGCAUUGCAGGAGAGUGAACCUCGCAUUGCUCGUGAACUGUUGACUGUUAGCUUGAAGCUGACGACUGAGAGGAUGGAUUGUAUCACCUCGUGA